AAGAGUAGCGCUCGCUCGUUAAUUACUCACACACGGCACCUCGUACUUUCUCUGUCAUCGAGUGCCCGAGAUCGCCGCUGUAAAAUGCAUAUAAACGUUUAUGGUCAGUAGGAUUAUCAAGUUCUUCAACUUUUCUAUCAAAUCUACAAGAUUUUGUAGUGAAUAAUUAGAAGUCAUGACACAUCUGCCUCCAUGCGUUAUAGAUGUCGGAACAGGGUACACGAAGCUGGGCUUUGCUGGAAAUAAAGAGCCUCAACUUAUGAUACCAUCGGCAAUAGCCAUAAAGGAAACGGCUAAAGUUGGCGAUAAGUCUGCGAGACGCGUCACCAAAGGUAUCGAAGAUUUAGAUUUUUAUAUCGGAGAUGAAGCUUUCGAUGCUACCGGAUAUGCAGUCAAGUAUCCAGUUAGACACGGUUUGGUCGAAGAUUGGGAUUUGAUGGAGCGUUUUCUUCAGCAAUGUAUUUUCAAAUAUUUAAGGGCAGAGCCAGAAGAUCAUUAUUUUCUAUUAACGGAACCUCCCUUAAAUACACCUGAAAAUCGUGAAUACACAGCCGAGAUAAUGUUUGAAUCGUUUAAUGUUUCUGGAUUGUACAUUGCUGUUCAAGCGGUAUUAGCUCUUGCAGCUUCGUGGACGGCUAAAAAUGUCGAAGAAAGAAAUUUGACUGGUAUUGUUGUCGAUAGUGGCGAUGGAGUCACUCAUGUUAUCCCCGUUGCCGAGGGCUUUGUUAUAGGUAGUUGUAUUAAGCACAUUCCAAUUGCUGGACGUGAUAUUACAUAUUUUAUUCAGAGUCUCUUAAGAGAUCGAGAAGUGGGUAUACCUCCAGAACAAUCGUUAGAAACAGCAAAAGCGAUUAAAGAAAAAUUUUGUUAUAUUUGCCCUGAUAUUGCCAAAGAAUUUGCUAAAUUUGAUAGCGAUGCUAGCAAGUUUAGAAAAUAUGAUGGAAUGAAUAAUAUAACCAAACAACCAUUUACCGUAGAUGUCGGUUACGAAAGAUUUCUUGGACCAGAAAUUUUCUUUCAUCCCGAGUUUUCCAAUCCAGAUUUUACAACUCCUCUAAAUGAGAUUGUGGACGAUGUUAUUCAACAUUGCCCCAUCGAUGUAAGAAGACCACUUUAUCAUAAUAUCGUUCUGUCUGGUGGUUCAACAAUGUUCAAAGGCUUUGGAAGACGACUACAAAGAGAUAUAAAAAAAACUGUCGAUGCGCGUUUGAAUUUAAGCAUGGCCCUUAGCGGUGGACAUAUUACGCCGAAGCCAAUUGACGUUCGUGUAAUAUCACAUCAUAAACAGCGUUGUGCUGUUUGGUAUGGAGGAGCAUUAUUGGCUAGUGAUCCUGAAUUUUUUACAGUAUGCCACACCAAAGCGGACUAUCAAGAACAUGGCCCAGGAAUUUGUCGUUACAAUCCUGUGUUCCGUAGUAUGAUUUAAAUGAUAAAAUUAUUAAGAAUACAGUUAGAAAAAUCUAAUAAAUCAAGAAUACGGACUUUACUGACUUCUCAAUACUGACAUCAGUUUACAAUUUUCAGAGUGGCCAAGCAUUUAUUAAAAAUAAAUUUAAUAUUAUUUUA